CGCUUCGCCUGUUCGCAAUUCCGGCCUCACCUGGGUAACCAGAAGGGGUUCUAGGGGUGAAGACCAUGCUGUUAACGUUAACAGUCUCCUUGCUGUUUCUCGUCUGCCAAAGUGCUCUACCUCCUAAUACAGAGGAACGCUUAGCUAGUUAUCUCCUACAUGCCGAUCGCUAUAAUCGGCUCAUCAGACCUGCAAAGAACAGUACUGAUAUAGUAACCAUUGCAAUAAAGGUGUCCCUCUCACAGUUAAUAAGUGUGAAUGAGCGGGAACAGAUUAUGACCACAAAUGCUUGGCUCACCCAGGAAUGGAAUGACUAUCGGUUAAGAUGGGAUCCAGGAAAAUAUGAAGGUAUCGACAAGCUCAGAAUAUCUUCUCGGCAUCUUUGGCUCCCUGACAUAGUGUUAUAUAACAAUGCUGAUGGAACCUAUGAGGUGUCCCUCUAUACUAAUGCAAUUGUAUACAGCAGUGGAGAUAUCUUCUGGCUGCCUCCUGCCAUCUACAAAAGCGCCUGCAGAAUUGAAGUGAAGCACUUCCCUUUUGACCAGCAAAACUGCACGUUGAAAUUUCGAUCGUGGACAUACGAUCGCACUGAAAUUGAUUUAGUUUUAAGCAGCGAUGUUGCAAGCAGGGAUGACUUCAACCCCAGCGGAGAAUGGGACAUUGUGUCACUUCCAGGUAGAAGGAAUGAAAUUCCAACAGACCCAACGUAUGUUGAUAUCACGUAUGAUUUUAUCAUCAGGAGGAAGCCAUUGUUCUAUACCAUUAACCUCAUCAUCCCCUGUGUGUUGAUCACUUCUCUUGCAAUUUUGGUGUUCUACUUGCCCUCUGAUUGUGGUGAGAAGAUUACACUGUGCAUUUCUGUUCUGCUGGCAUUAACAGUCUUUUUACUGCUCAUAUCGAAGAUUGUUCCACCAACAUCACUGGACGUUCCACUAAUAGGCAAGUACCUGAUGUUUACCAUGGUUCUGGUAACUUUUUCAAUAGUCACCAGUGUCUGCGUGUUGAACGUCCACCAUCGGUCACCCACCACCCACACCAUGCCUGAAUGGGUGAAGCAAAUAUUUCUGAAGAAGCUGCCAACUCUUCUGUUAAUGAAGCGGCCAGAAAAUCGAAGUAUAAAGGACCGAAUGAGGAAGAAACAGCUGUUGGCUUGUAUUGAUAGUGAAAUAGACCAAGCUGAUUUUGAAACAAGCUGUGGGAACAAAGAGCCAGCACUGAGAUGUGGCUGGAGGCUGAGAGACAUGUCCCAUCAGCAGGAUUUGAGGAAGAAGGGAUCACCAAAGGGUCGAUGCAACAUAGAAGAGGCAGUGGAUGGUGUCAGAUUCAUAGCAGAGCACAUGAAAUGUGAAGAUGAAGACCAGAGCAUCAGUGAAGACUGGAAGUAUGUCGCUAUGGUUAUCGACCGCCUGUUUCUGUGGAUAUUUGUAUUUGUGUGUGUGGUUGGUACUUUAGGUCUGUAUCUUCAACCUUUCUUCCAAAACCACACUUCACCACACGUCUUUUCUGAUGCAGAGUAAUGCUUUUCCCAGCAUGGUGGUUGCAUUUUCCAAUUUGAAAGAAAAUCCAGGGCACCAAACAAGCAUGUGCUGUUUAGAGACACAGAACAAUGGUGAUAUUGAUGACACUAUUCACUUUAAAACAAAUACUGUUACAUGAUUAACCAAUAAAGAAAUUUUAACAUGAUCUGCUGUUUCCCUCACCCACACCAAUUUGGAAAAAGUUGAAAUAAAAGCUUAUUGCGAGUAUGCGCUCUGCCAAGUAAGAGCUUCCACAUUUGAAAACUUCUAGCACGUCGGUCUCUAUAGGCUCAGUGCCAACAUUGAAUUUGAUUCAGAGAUUAUUACAAUAGGAUGACUGUAAGGAUGAGAUUAUUACAAUAGGAUGACUGUAAGGAUAUGAAAGAGCAGCACUCUUAUGUCAAAAGCCAAUGAACAAAAACUUCCCACCCUUGAUUUGCAGUAAAUGAUAAAAUCCAGGAAUUCCCACUGGAACUGCUGACUCUUCAUUACUUCAACUCCUAAUAGACAACAUCUUCAUGAUUUAUACAAUUGUGUGAGAAAGACCAAAUGGGAUACUUUUUAAUCACCCGAAUCUGUACAUGAAACAUAGCUCAUGCUUUUAUUGUUUAGUACUGUUGAUGCCAUUGCAUUGCUUGUUUGUCAACAUUUUAUUCAAUAUGAGGAUGGCUUUACAUUAAUUCAGCGAUCCAUGCAAAUUAUUGUAGAUGUCAUUCAGGUAAAAGGUAUGAGUUAUGUUUGCAAUUCUG